GUGAAUAACAGAUGGAUGUUCCUGGCAGUCUUCACCGCUGUGCUGGGAAACCUAAGCUUUGGUUAUGCCUUGGUGUACACUUCGCCUGUGGUCCCAGAACUGGAACACUCGCAAGACCCUGGCCUCCGACUUAAUGACCGUUCUGGAGCAUGGUUUGAGUCUGUCUUCAACCUGGGGGCUGUCGUGGGUGGGCUGGGCGCCAUGUUGUUCAAUGACCUGUUGGGUCGCAAGUUGACCAUCAUGGUGUCUGCCGUGCCCUCCGCUGUGGGCUUUGCCUUGAUGGGCGGCGCCAAUACAAGAUGGAUGCUUGAUCUGGGCCGUGCUAUGACCGGUUUCGCAAGUGGAAUGUCUGCCAGUUCCAUCCCGGUGUAUAUUUCGGAGAUAUCAGUGGCCAAGCUGAGAGGGAGACUGGGAUCUACUCCCCAGUUCAUGCUUGUCUGUGGAUCACUUCUGCUCUACGCUCUGGACUUGGUCUUGUCGUGGCGUUGGCUAGCUGUUGUUGGGGCAGUUAUACCAGCAAUAUUAAUUAUCGCCAUGUGCUUCAUGCCGGAGUCUCCUCGCUAUUUAAUCUCCAAAGAGCGCAAUUACGAAGCCAUCGAAGCCCUCCUGUGGCUUCGGGGAUCGGAUUCCGAUUACCUGCAAGAGUACAGGACGAUCGCUGAAUCCCUGAACAAGGAGGUCAAACGACUGUCGUGCAUGGACCUGCGGCAGCCCUUUGUCUACAAGCCCAUACUGAUUACUCUCUUCAUGAGAGUGUUUCAACAGACGAGUGGCAUCACAGUCAUCCUGGUCAACUUGCAGCUCAUCUUUGACAGUACAUCCGUCAUCCUGCCAGGUUCCUAUGAUGCAGUGUUGGUGGGAUUUGUUCGCUUGGUGUCCGUGUCCAUUGCGGCCUGGGUUAUGGACAAAGCUGGAAGGCGGAAACUUCUCUUUGCUUCAGGUGCAAUUAUGUUUCUGUCUACGUUGACCCUUGGAGUCUACAUCAGGCUGGAUGUGACCAAAACAUACAACACAAGCAUGACUAACCAUUCUAAUGUGGAUAGUGACCACUUAACCCUUGCGUAUCACCCUCAACACAACAUAGCAAAAUGGCUAACCGUCCUACCUCUGCUUAGCAUUAUUGUUUACAUAUUUGGUUACGCCCUGGGAUGGGGUCCAAUCACAUGGCUGUUGAUGUCGGAAAUCCUUCCCCUUAAAGUGCGGGGCCUGAUGUCAGGCCUGUGUGUCAUUGUCAGCUGGCUCACAGGCUUCAUCCUCACAGAGUAUUUCCUGCUCGUGAAGGCUACCUAUGGACUCGCUGUGCCCUUCUUGUUCUUCUGUGUGAUCUCUGCCCUGGGAAUAAUAUUCACCGCUCUCUGCGUCCCGGAAACCAAAGGGAAAACCUUGGAGCAAAUUGAAGACGAGUUCAGGAACUUGAAGACUCCCCGCGAUGAUGACAACAGUUGACGUGGACCCUCGAUGUUGAAGAGCUGGAAGUUAAGGACUUGCUCUGAUAAGCUCCUCUUCCUGUCCAUCCGAUGAGGGGGAAACCCAUCCCAAAGCAAAAAUUAAUUUGGUGCAUUUUUUCAUCACCUGCUAUUGUACAAAGAGUUGGUGAUGCAGGGGUGGUUCCUCUUUGCAUACCUCCACACAUCACACACUCUCGGGGCUAGUGCGGAGCAGGUUAGAUAUACGGAGUAAAACUCCCUCCACCUUGACCCAUCAAACACUCGAGGUACAGCAUGGGCACCUGCUUAUAAGAUGUUACUGUGUGUUUUUUCAUCAAAUACUUCCAAUGAAGGUAGUGUUGGGGUGUAGUCUGUUGAGAUUUCACAACCUCUGGAGGGAGCAAGUGUUGGGUGGCACAGUGGUAGAGUUUCUGCCUUACAG